UCGCGGGCCUCGGGAACUCCCCCCUCUAUCUCUCUGCUCUAUAUAUAUGUACCCUUAAAAAAAAGUUGAGAAUUUUGUAAUCAAUUGAUCGAAUUUAUUAGUUGAUUGAAAUCAGGAUUCAUGGCUAAUAGUUCGUUCCGGCUCGAGCACCCCCUCGAAAGGAGGCAGGCAGAAGCUGCUCGUAUUAGAGACAAGUAUCCGGACAGAAUUCCAGUGAUUGUUGAGAAAGCAGAAAGGAGUGAUGUUCCGGACAUUGAUAAGAAGAAGUACCUAGUUCCAGCUGAUUUGACUGUUGGUCAGUUUGUGUAUGUUGUUCGAAAGAGGAUCGGGCUGGGUGCUGAGAGGGCUGUUUUCAUUUUUGUCAAGAACACUUUGCCACCAACUGCUGCAAUGAUGUCUGCAAUCUAUGAGGAGAACAAGGAUGAAGAUGGAUUUCUUUACAUGACUUACAGCGGGGAGAACACAUUUGGGAUGUUAUUCUAAGGGAUUAGUCUUUUACUUUUCCCUCUCUGAAUAGAAACUUGGGUGGAGGGGUGUAUGUACUCUCAUUUCCAGCUUCUGACUUUUGGAGAUCACAAUCUUAAUGAGAUGUAGAUAUGAAAUCUGUAGGUUUCUGGAUUUAUUUGGAAUUUAAAUACUUAUUUCUAUAUUGGUGGUGAUUUCAGUUAUUUUA